AGUGUUGGAUCAAGUCGCACUGCACCCAGUGACCAAGUCGUCGUCGUCGUUGUUGUGUCGUCUUGUUUUUUUUUGACCGCCCAUUGUCGCGCGCGACGGUUUAUGUGGCAUAAUUUACGAUUUCGCGGACCCUUGCAACUUCAUCUUGGCCAGCGAAUCCCUCAAGCGAUGCAGCCUGCACUCCCGGCAGACCGCUUAUGAGAUGGAUCCAAAAAAUAUAGCCAAAACGUGUGCCAUGAAGGAGAAAAGCAAAAAUGCGGCACGCACGCGACGUGAAAAGGAAAACACGGAAUUCUGCGAAUUGGCCAAAUUACUGCCGCUGCCAGCGGCGAUUACUUCGCAACUGGACAAGGCCUCCGUCAUCCGGCUGACCACAUCGUAUUUGAAAAUGCGCCAAGUCUUUCCCGAUGGUCUUGGCGAAGCCUGGGGCUCCUCGCCCGCCAUGCAACGCGGCGCCACCAUCAAGGAGCUGGGCUCCCAUCUGCUGCAGACGCUGGACGGAUUCAUCUUCGUGGUGGCUCCGGAUGGCAAAAUCAUGUACAUCUCGGAAACGGCCUCCGUGCACUUGGGCCUCAGUCAGGUUGAGCUUACGGGCAACUCAAUAUUCGAGUACAUACACAACUACGAUCAGGACGAGAUGAACGCCAUCUUGUCACUGCAUCCGCACAUCAACCAGCAUCCACUCGCCCAGACGCACACGCCCAUCGGCAGUCCCAAUGGCGUCCAGCACCCAUCCGCCUACGACCACGAUCGCGGAUCGCACACCAUCGAGAUCGAGAAGACCUUCUUCCUGCGCAUGAAGUGCGUCCUGGCCAAAAGGAACGCGGGCCUCACCACCUCCGGAUUUAAGGUUAUACACUGCUCGGGCUAUCUGAAGGCUCGCAUCUAUCCCGAUCGCGGCGAUGGACAGGGCAGCCUCAUCCAGAAUCUCGGCCUGGUGGCCGUCGGUCACUCGCUGCCUUCAUCCGCCAUCACGGAAAUCAAGCUGCACCAGAACAUGUUCAUGUUCCGGGCCAAGCUGGACAUGAAGCUCAUCUUCUUCGAUGCACGCGUAUCGCAGCUAACCGGAUACGAGCCGCAGGACCUCAUCGAGAAGACCCUGUAUCAGUACAUCCACGCCGCGGACAUCAUGGCCAUGCGCUGCUCCCAUCAAAUCCUGCUGUACAAAGGACAAGUGACCACCAAGUACUACCGCUUCCUCACCAAAGGCGGCGGCUGGGUGUGGGUGCAGUCGUACGCGACCCUGGUGCACAACUCGCGAUCCUCGCGAGAAGUGUUUAUCGUGAGCGUGAACUACGUGCUGAGCGAACGAGAGGUGAAAGACUUGGUGCUGAACGAGAUUCAGACAGGCGUUGUGAAGCGGGAGCCCAUAUCACCGGCGGCUCAAGCGGCACAGGCGGCACAGGCGGCUCAGGCGGCUCAAGCGGCCCAGGCGGCACAAGCGGCACAGGCGGCACAAGCGGCACAGGCGGCACAAGCGGUGCAGGCCCAGGUGGUGGUGGUGCCCCAGCAGUCGGUGGUGGUGCAGCCACAGUGCGCUGGAGCAACGGGUCUGCCGGUGGGUCCCGGAACGCCAGUUAGCCUGGCACUCAGCUCCAGUCCCAAGCUGGAUCCCUAUUUCGAGCCGGAGCUGCCGCUGCAGCCGGCCGUUACGCCCGUGCCCCCAACGAAUAACAACAGUAGUAGUAGCAACAACAACAACGGCGUGUGGCACCACCAUCACGUGCAACAGCAGCAGCAGCAGCAACAGCAGUCGGGGAGCAUGGACCACGAUAGCCUGAGCUAUACGCAGCUCUAUCCGCCCUUGAACGACCUGGUGGUGAGCUCGAGCAGCAGUGUGGGUGGUGGCACCGCCUCAAGUGCGGGCGGCGGAUCCAGUGCGUCGGCCUCGUCCUCCGGCGUUUACUCGACGGAGAUGCAAUAUCCGGAUACGACCACCGGCAACCUGUACUACAAUAACAACAAUCACUACUACUACGACUACGAUGCCACGGUGGAUGUGGCCACCUCGAUGAUACGUCCAUUCUCGGCCAACUCGAAUAGCUGCUCGAGCAGUUCGGAGAGCGAAAGGCAGUUGUCCACCGGAAAUGCGUCCAUUGUGAAUGAGACUUCGCCCUCGCAGACGACCUACAGCGAUCUGAGUCACAAUUUCGAGCUGAGCUACUUCUCGGACAACAGUUCGCAGCAGCAUCAGCAUCAGCAGCAGCAGCAGCAUCUGAUGGAGCAGCAGCACCUGCAAUACCAAUAUGCCACCUGGUGAUCCUAAAUGUAAAUACCAAUAGUUGGACGAGCCUUGACUGCUACUGUACUGUUGUUUAUAAAACGUCGACUGCCCCCAAUCCGUUGCAAUGUUAUACACAGCUCUGAGUUCUCAGUUCCCAAAUGUAAUAUGUGGCUGAGCCACACACCAUCUGAAUUUCUAGACCUCCUCAAUGCCCUUUUAUUUAUUGAAUACCCUAGGCAUCCCCGAAUGCGUUCGCGUUACUUGUGCAGUGUAAAGUUAGAAAGAAUGGAAGAUACAAAAUGCAAGCAGAUGAAGAGUCAAAGAAAGAAAUACGGAAUGAUCCUUGUUAACAAAUGCAAAAGCAAAUACAAAUUCUAUAGUAAAUAGCUGUAAGGCCUAAUUGUAAACUGUUCAUACAAACUAACUUAAAUGAAUUGCACAUACUUAUACUUAACUAUAUCGUAAAGCGCAUACACUUGGCCCCAUAAUCAUGCAUAUAUAGGAUCUACGUAUAUAUAUAUCCAUGUAUAUAAUUAUGCAAUAAUGUGUAAAUAGUGCUGGGUCCGCUCCACUAUGCAGAUAACGAAUAUGAUCUUCAUAAGUCAAGUAAAUAAUUGUAAAUGUAAAAUGGAUUAUUAUCGAGAAUUUUUCUAAUUUGAAUAAACAAAUUAUUACGUGGGUGAACAAU